UGUGCAGCUGAUCAUUUUUUUACACUGUUUUAAUAUCUAAAUAACUAUUGAUGACUCUUGGGGGGGUUUGUUUUGUUUUAGAGGACUCUUCAUUGUUAGCUGGUGAAGAAUGGGGGAGAUAGAAGGAACAUACAGAGUCCUGCAGACUCCAGGGACACGCUUGGGCGCCCAGGCCCCAGCAGGGGUGAGCACCCUCGAGCCUGGGCAGACUCUCUCGGCAGGAGCGGCACGGGCGUCAGCCAGAAUGCAGGAGAAGCACCUUCACAUCCGAGUGAAGCUGCUGGACAACACCGUGGAAAUAUUUGACAUCGAGAUUUGGCUGGAACCUAUGAAGCCCAUCAUUAGGCAAGUACGAAGGCCAAAGAACGCGUUGCUUCGUCUGGCAGUGAAAUUUUUCCCACCUGAUCCGGGUCAGUUGCAGGAAGAAUAUACAAGAUACCUGUUUGCCUUGCAACUUAAGAGAGACCUCCUGGAGGAGCGUCUGCCCUGCACAGACACCACGGCGGCCCUUCUGGCAUCCCACCUUCUGCAGGCGGAAAUAGGAGAUUAUGAUGAAACCCUGGACCGAGAGCACCUCAAAGCCAAUGAGUACCUGCCCAGUCAGGAGCAUUCUCUUGAGAAGAUUCUAGAAUUCCACCGGAAGCAUAUGGGCCAGACGCCUGCCGAGUCGGAUUUCCAGGUGCUUGAGAUUGCCCGAAAGUUGGAAAUGUAUGGCAUUAGAUUUCACACAGCUUCUGACAGAGAGGGGGCCAGAAUUAACCUGGCUGUUUCCCACAUGGGUGUCCUCGUGUUCCAGGGCACCACUAAAAUUAACACUUUCAACUGGUCCAGGGUCCGGAAACUCAGCUUCAAGAGGAAAAGGUUUCUCGUCAAACUGCACCCAGAGGUCCGUGGACCUUACCAGGACACGCUGGAGUUCUUGUUGGGCAGUCGAGAUGAAUGCAAGAACUUCUGGAAGAUCUGUGUGGAGUAUCACACUUUCUUUAGACUCUUUGAUCAACCUAAGGCCAGAGCUAAAGCCGUCCUCUUCAGCAGGGGCUCGUCCUUCAGAUACAGUGGAAGAACUCAGAAACAGCUGGUGGAUUAUGUCAGAGACAGUGGAGUGAAGAGAGUUUCGUACGAUAGGAGACACAGCAAGACUCGGAUGUCUGUUCGUGCUCUGACUGCAGACUUGCCAAGGCAGAGCAUCUCAUUCACCGAGGGCAUGAGGACUUCUGCGUCCCCAUCUUCAACAAAUGCCUUCUUCUGUUCGGUUCCUACAUCCCCUCUGGCCCCUCGAGGCCCGCCCGAUUUCAAAGACAGCAGUGGCUCCCUCACAGAGCCCCAGGCUCCUGAUGCCAAAAGGCCAGUCGCAGAGAGGAGCACCGGAGCAGCAGCCGACAGCGAUGCCCGACGGGCCCAGUCCCCCGGGCCCCCUGCGCUGCAGCCUUGUCAAGGCCUUUCCACGGAGAGUCCUCAGCCUUCUCCCUCCACCCGGAAGAGCCCACUGAGCCUGAGCCCUGCGUCUCAGGUGACUCUUGACCCAGCUGGGCAGGGCUUAUCCCCCCUUCUGAGCCCUGUCCUUAGCGACGCUGGCGGAGCCAGGAUGGACAGCGAGGAGGAGCCGAAACACAAGAGCACGGCAGCAGAUGAGGCCUAUUUCAUAGUGGAGGAGAUUCUCGCUACAGAACGAACAUACCUGAAGGAUUUAGAAGUUCUCACUGUGUGGUUCCGCAGUGCCGUGGUCAAGGAGGAUGCCAUGCCUGCAGACCUGAUGAGCCUGCUCUUCUCCAACAUAGACCCCAUCUAUGAGUUCCACAGAGGCUUCCUGCGUGAGGUGGAGCAGAGGCUGGCGCUCUGGGAAGGAUCUUCCAACGCCCAUGCCACAGGCGGUCAUCAGCGAAUCGGGGACAUCCUGCUCAGGAACAUGCAUCAGUUAAAGGAGUUUACCAGCUACUUCCAAAGGCAUGAUGAAGUCCUGACAGAACUGGAAAAGGCCACCAAACGCUCUAAGAAGCUAGAGACAGUGUACAAAGAGUUUGAGCUCCAGAAAGUCUGCUACUUGCCUCUUAACGCGUUCCUGCUGAAGCCCAUCCAGCGGCUGGUGCACUACCGCCUGCUGCUGGGCCGGCUGUGUGGGCACUACGCGCCGACGCACCCUGACUCCGCUGACUGCCGCGACGCUCUCCAGGUCAUCACAGAGGUGACCUCCACACUCCAGCACAGCCUCGCCCGGCUGGAAACCCUCCAGAAGCUGACAGAGCUGCAGCGGGACUUGGUCGGCGUGGAGAAUCUCCUUGCUCCCGGCAGGGAGUUCAUCCGCGAGGGCUGCCUUCACAAGCUCACCAGGAAGGGCCUCCAGCAAAGGAUGUUCUUUCUGUUCUCAGAUAUGCUGCUAUACACGAGCAAAGGUGUCACGGGCACCAGCCGCUUCCGGAUCCGGGGCCUCCUUCCACUCCGCGGCAUGCUGGGGUGCCUUCCGCUCUCAGCCCUCCACGUCCCUUCGAGGUGCCCCUCCUUCCGCUGGGCACCUGAGCCUUCAGCAGCUGUUCGUAGCAUCUGGUUUGGCUUUUUUAGCCCUCAGCAAAAAGCGGCCUGUUGGAAUGACCACAUCUGCCAUCACCGGAAGCACGCCCCCUCUGUUCUAAAGUACACUUUUUAAAAUUAUACUUUCAUCCUAGAAAAAAAACUGAAAAUAAAAUAAAAAUCACUCACGACUACACCGCCUAGCAGUACGCACUUCGGUCUUCGGAGGUAGCGAGACUUCGCUGGUGGCCCCGGCAGUGCGUCCCUAACAUCUCCCGUGCUUGUGACCCAGGUGCUCUGUGCUCCUUUCAUGGAGAUGAGCAGCGGGCAGGCAAGCCAGACUCCAGUUUUCCUGUUUCCCUUCACUGGACGUUUUGGCUCCACUGAGUUUUUCAGAAUUGGAAAUAACACCGUUGGGUCUCUUCCAACACAUCGUCACCUACGUCUAAAUCAUACCGUUUGAGCAGCGGGGACACUGGCUUCUGUGGCUCUGACUAGGAUUCUGCGUUACUGCCGGAGCCGCCACCCCCGCCGACCUUCCCACCAAGUGCGUCCAAACCUGUCCUCCCGCAGCCUGGGGGACAGCACAGGGCAGUCACCCCUCGCCCUUGCACUUCGGUGACUGGCACAGCCCUUGGACGGGCAGUGAGGCUGACGGAAGCCGUGUCUCCGGGAGUCUGGGGCCUCCCGCUGGGGUGGUGCCCGGGUGUGUCCGUCACUCUGGUCUCCAUCCGGGGCGCAGUGACAGACGCCAGCUUGCUCUCAGGGCUCACAGGUGCUUUCUCCAGUUUGUAAUUCCUGUUUAUUCUUCCUGCAGUUUGCUUUUCUCUUGUAGAAGUGAAACUCCGCUGGACACUGUCUUACUCCAGGGACAGGAUCUGGCACAGAGGGCCCAACACAUUCCUGUUGAAGGAGUGAAAUCAGACAUCUGUCCGUCUUUUCCCUCAGGGUUUCCGUCCAGUGCAGACUCAGAAGUCCUUCCCCUUGCCAAGAUCAUACUGGCACCUUUUCUUUUCCUGAUACAUUUACAGUUUCGAUUCUCUUACUGCAUAAACUCUCUCCACGUGUCUCCGUGGGUGUGGCUGGACUGGGCUGCACCACUUUCUGUCCCCCGUCCUCGCAGCUGCCCUCCUCGUGGAGAGAGUUCCCACCUUCACACUCGGGGGUUCUUUCUGGGCCUUCUGCUCCAUCUCUGUGUGCCGGCAUCAGUCCACGUUCUUCUGAUGCACGUGUCCUGUGGAAGAGUCGCUCUGGGGUGAAUCAGUGUGUCCCUUAUUCCUCCUCCCUUUUAAGUAGUACUUUGCUGCUCUCAAGUAUUUAAUUCUUCUGAAUAAACUUAGGAAUUAUUUAGACAAGUUCCUUCAAAAACCAGCACUAGAUUUUCUAUUGAAAUCGCAUUACAUUUACGUGCUAACUUAGGGUAAGGGAAGACGAGCAUCUUGACCUUUUCUUGCUGGCCACUGUUUCUGCUCGUUUUGGAUCUUGUGUGUCCCAGGAGGCUCAGCGCCUGACAUCCCCUGGGCCCCGCACAGGGAAACUGUCCAACCUGGGGCCAUCUGUAACUGGCUGGUCCCAGGGGACACACAGCAGGCCCUCAUCCUGAAUGCAGAGGGAAGGGUGACAGGUCUUGGCUUCAGAAAGAGGGCCUCUGUUUUUUGGUUUACAGCUUCCUCGUGUUUCUAGGAGAUAUUCUCAGAAAUCACAUGUUGGAUUUUAGCAAAGGUGUGUGCAGCACGUAGAGGUGUCCUCCCCCUUUCCCCGUGGACUCGAGGAUGGGGUUGAAACACCCUUGCGUUCCUAGAACCUUACUGGGCCAUGGGACAGUUUCCUGUCUGUGCUUUAGGCUUGAUAAGAUAGUAUUUUAUUUGGGAUUUAUUUCAGUCACUCGUAACUGGAAUCAGUCAUAUAGGUUUUUCUUUGAAUCUGUUAGGUGUUGGUACCAGGUUUGUAAAGUAAAUUGUCCAAUUCCCUUUUUAAUAAUGAAAAUGCUCAAUAUUUUUUCCUGUGCUUGACUUUCAGCUAAUAGUGCUGGACCCACCGGUGAGUAGUUGGUGCCCUGUAGCCCACAGCUCACCCACCUGGGUGGCAGGUGCCAUGGCGUGGGGGUCCCCGUGCCUCUUGUAGCCCCUCAUAGUCGGUGUAGACUCGCACAGGGCUUCCCC